AUGACCAACAUUCUCGAGUACCAGCCAUUGAAGGCCAUCUACCUCCUUCUCUUCACACUCAUUCUUCUCCUCAUCAAACUCCCCGUAUGGACCCUCAACUACCUCCCGCGCUCGCGGAGGCCGCGCACCGCCUGGACGCUCGGACGCAGUCUCAUCGUGCGCACGCUGCAGGAGCUCUGGACGCUCAAGGUCGACGUCCGUGGCCAACCUGCCCCAGUAGUCGAGGUGGCCGAUAGCGAGCUGACAGACGCGAAGUUCACUUGGGUCGCACCGCUUCCCGACAAGCUGCUCUGCGGCGAGGUCCGCCGCGUCGCCGAGAUCACUGGCGCAGAGCCCGCCCGCAUAGCAGGCUACUGGCUGCUCAAGCAGGGCGCGCCCUGGACCGGGCCCAGGGCGAAGCCGGGCGAGAAGACGGUGCUGCACAUGCACGGCGGCGGGUUCCGCAUCGGCACUGCAAACCCGUCAGACGUCACGGCGAACUUCACGCGUGGAAUCCUGAAGCACUCACACUCGCUCGACCGCACGUUCGCCAUCGACUACCGACUGACCUCGUCUGCGCCCAACCCGGUCGCGAACCCCUUCCCCACCGCACUCCUUGACACGAUCGCGGGAUACCGCUACCUCGUCCAGGAGGCGGGCUUCGAGCCGCAGAACAUCACUGUCGCCGGGGAUUCCGCGGGUGGGAACCUCGCCAUCGGACUUGCGCGGUACCUCAUCGAAAACCCUAUCCCGAGUCUUCCGCCGCCAGGGCACAUUCUCGCGGUGUCCCCGUGGCUGGACCUGUCGAUGUCCCGUCAUGGCCCGACUUCGUCUGCCACGCUCAGCGCAACGACCGACAUCUUCCAGCUGAAGCCCGGAGAGCUCUUCGAGGAGUACGCGGUCGUCUCCCUCCUUGGGCCGAUGGACUUCGAGGUGGCGCGGACGAACCGUUACCUCUCGCCCGUGUCGCUGCACGUGAAAUCGGAGGGGGGUCUGUUCCAAGGGUUCCCGGAGACGUACGUCGUCGCUGGUGCACCGGAACGCCUGAUGGACGACUCGACGGCGCUCAUCGAGAUGAUGCGAGCGGACGGGGUCAAGGUCAUCGCCGACAUCUCCCCCGAUGCCGUACACGACUUCGUCGUGUUCACAUGGCAUGAGCCAGAGCGCACCGAUACGCUGAAGCGGGUCAGCAUGUGGAUUGACAUGAUGUAG